AUGAGCUCCAUCAGCCUCACCCCCGAGGAGCUUGCAGUGUAUCCUGCGGUGUUCCAAGAACUGUCUGGUGGAAGCGACGAGGGAACCAUCUCUGGCACGGCUGUCCUCCAGUUCUCCCGUGGCACGCACCUUCCUCGGAAGACACUCCGUCCCUCGGCUGCGGCUGUUCUUGCCGCUUGCGAGGCUGCUGCACCUGCCCCACUCUCCGACAAGGACCGAUCCCGUCUGCUCAAGCUCGUCAAGGCCAGCCCCGAUGAGCCCAUCGACAGCGCCUCGGCCGUCGUCAUGCAGUACCUCGCCCACCAGCUCCUCCACACUGGAUUUGCACUCCCCAAAAAGUUGCCGGACACCCUGUGGCCGCGCAUGCGCUCGGCCAUGUCCGACUCGCAGCCGCUCGAUCCGUCGGCGGGGGACACGACUUCGGCGCCGGCACCGGCACCGACGCCGACGUCGACGGCGAUGCCUGCGGCCAAGCCGCUGCCCAAGCCACUGCCGCAGCUGAAUCCUGCACCUGCAGCAACUACACCCGAGCCCGCACCUGCGCCUGCACCCACUCCUGCGCCUGUGCCCGCGACCGCCACCGCCCCACAGAUUGUCGACUUUGACGCCUCGCAGUUUGAGGUCGUACCCAAGAACGCCAUGUUUGUCAUCAACGAAAUCGUCGACACCGAGGUCGGCUACGUCCAGGAUCUGCACUACAUUGUCAACGAAUACAUUUUGCCGCUGCGGGCGGCCAAGUUUGUGGAGAACUCCACGGUCAAUGAGAUCUUUAUGACCAUCGAGCCGCUGCUCGAGACCAACACCAUGCUCAUGAACGACUUGCUCGCGGCGCGCAAGGAUGCGCCGCAGGACCAACUUGUCGCCGCCAUUGCAGGCGCUCUCAUUAACGUUUCGCAGUACCUCAAGAUGUACUCGGACUACUGUAACAACCAGGUCAACGCGCUCAACUUGCUGGACAAAGCCAAGAAAAAGUCGGCCAUGGCCGCGUUCUGCGACACCCGCGCUGCCGCCGCUGGCGGCCUUGGCGCCGGCGACUUUCUCAUCAAGCCCAUCCAGCGCAUCUGUAAGUACCCGCUCCUGCUCCGGGCGCUCCUCAAGGAGCUCGGCCCGUUGGCGCCUGGCCGUGCCGAAGUCGAGCGUGCCUUUGAGCUCAUUUGCGCCAUCGCCGACGACAUCAAUGAGAAGAAGCGUGACAACGAAGCCAAGCGCGGUGUGGUUCUUGCCGCCAACUCGAUGAUCUCCGCGCCCAAGGGCCUCGUCAACCCGACCCGGCGCCUGGUCGACCAGGGCCCGUUUGUCCUCAACGGCGAGAAGGAGCGCUACUACUUCCUCUUCAACGAUCUGCUUGUCCUCACCAAGCCCAACAAGGAACGCUACAAGUACAAGCUCUCGCUCAUCCUCCGCGACCUCGUCAUCAACGACGACGCCACCGAGCUGCCAACCUUCCAGCUUGCCGACGUUCGCCACGGCUCCAACUACGUCAUCACACUCCCGACCGCCGGCGCCAAAAAGGCCUUUGUCUCUGCCCUUCGCACUGCGAUGGAGACCUUCAAGGCCCACAUCGAAGACCUCAACAACCGCCGCCGGUCAACCUCGGUCUCGCUCCCGCCGCCGGCCGUCGAUGAUCCGCAGUACCGCACCGCCGCCGCCGCCGCCGCCCUGGCCUCGGGCGGCUCUUCGACCGGAGGCAGUCCAAACCCGGCCGCCCGCCUCGGCGACGGCGACCUUGCUCUCGAGUUUGACGACACCGCCACCGUCUCGGCCUCGAUCCGGGCUGCCACCAUGUCGGCCUCCAGCCGCGCUCCAAGCGCCGCCGCUGCCACUGUCGGCGCCGCCGCCGCCGCCGCGCCUGCGGUCGGCCGCAUCAACGCCGCCCGCCCUGUCGCAGACUCGUACUGCGUAAUCGUCCUCGGCGAGGAGCGCGCCGGUAAGACGGCACUUCUCAAGCGCGCCGCCGGCUCGCCGUUUGAGUCGCGCUACACGACGACGCCCGAUCCGCGCGAACAGUUCAACGUUGUCGCCUCGCUCGACGGUGUACAGAAGCACAUGCGCCUUCACGAGGCCAACACCAACACGCUCCCCGCACUCACUGCCGCAUCACCGGCCAUCCACGGCAUUUUCCUCGUCUUCUCCAUCGUCUCGUCCUCGUCGUUUGCCGUCGUCUCUGACAUGAUGGACCACCUCCGCCGCAUGGGCGCACCCACCCGCGGCCUGCCCAUCAUUCUCGUCGGAACCCAUGCCGACAAGGCUGCCCGCCGUGUUGUCCGCUCAGAAGACGCCGUCGCUCUCGGCGACAGGCUCGGCGCCGUCUUCCUCGAAGCCUCCUCGCUCACGGCCUCCAACGUCAACUUUGUCUUUGAGCUCAUGGCGCGCAAAAUCGCCGCCAAGGCUGGCCCGGCUCUCGCCAACGCCGCGUCCUCGGCGUCGCCGCUUGCCUCGUCGUCACCAUCGAUAUCGAUCGCAGCACCCGGUGCCGGCGCCUCCAUUGCCGCACACCGCGCCGCUGGCGGCUCGAGUGCACCGCGGCGUCACUCGUCGUACGGCGGCCACUCGAUGGCGAGUGCUGCGACUGCCGCCGGUCGCACCCCGGCCCACCAUCCGAUGAACCGAACGUCGUCCAACCCGCUGCUGGGGCACAAUCCGCUGCUCGGCCCGACGCCGGCGCAGCACUCUGCACACACCAGCCCGCCGACUGCCUCGCCGCCGGCCUUUGCGCCUGCGCCUGCGUCCAAUCCUGCGCAUGCUCCACCGUCGUACUCGCCGGUGGCAGACCCGGCCCACCGCCCGCGGUCGAUGUCGUCGGUCGGCGCGAGCUACACCGCGCCCGUCAUUAACGACUUUAAUGUCAACCCCAGGCUUCUCUCGCAGCAGCAGCUCAUCGACCUCGUCCUUCGUCUCCAGGCCAACAUCACGGCGUGCCCGGCGAGCCACACACCGGCCAAGUAACCAGGCAUGCACUUUGAGUUAUCGGUUUACGACACGACGCACCCAGCACAGCAGCCCUUGUUCGCAACCACAACACC